AUGAAGUUGGAUUCCUUGAUAGCUGAUUGUCGAAAAAACAAACUUUUUGGCUCUUUCACUGGAGUUAGUGAAGUGGUUACUCUAGACAAAAUCAUUUCAGCUGAGAUACCAGAUGAAAAUACAAAUGUCGAGUAUUACAAAGCUGUAGAGGAAUUUAUGAUGCAUGGCCCAUGUGGAAAAGCAAGGAGCAAUUCUCCAUGUAUGGUAAAUGGACGAUGUUCAAAAUAUUUUCCAAAGAGAUUUGUUGAGUGUUCUACAUUUGAUGACGAUGUUUAUCCGGUAUAUAAACGGAGAGACAACGGCAGUAUAGUUACAAAGAACGGCAUCGCAUUGGACAACAGAUAUGUUGUACCGCACAAUAGACAUUUAUUAUUUAAGUACAAGGCUCACAUAAAUGUCGAGUGGUGCAACCAGUCCCGCUCAAUCAAGUACCUCUUCAAGUAUGUUAACAAGGGUCAUGAUCGGGUAACAGCCGAAUUCUACAAAACUAGCAAUGAUGAAGAGAAUGGAAAACUUAUAGAUGAGAUUAAUAUGUACUAUGACUAUAGGUACAUAUCACCAUGUGAAGCGGUUUGGCGUUUGUUUGGUUUUGAUAUACAACUUAAGGCUCCUUUAGUGGAAAGGUUAAGCUUUCACCUCCCUAAUCAACAAAGUGUGGUGUUUUCAGAUGAUGAUCCUAUUGAGAACAUUGUUAACAGACCCACUAUAGCACAAAGCAUGUUCUUGGAAUGGUUUGAGGCUAAUAAGACAUUCCCAGAUGCAAGAGAGCUUACUUAUGUUGAGAUGCCAACAAGAUUUGUGACUGUAAACGGUGUACAUUAUGCCUCAUUUCGAGAUGCGUGUUAUGCUAGAGGUUUAGUUGAUGAUGAUAACGAAUAUGUUGAUGCAAUAGAUGAAGCCAGUCAUUGGGCGUCAGGAGAUCAGUUGAGGAGAUUAUUUGUUACAUUGCUAAUGAGCAGUUGCAUUGAUUUUGUGUUGAUUGACUCUCACAAGAUGAACUUUGAUUUAUGGAGAUUGAAAAACUUUUAUCAAUUCAUGAUAUUGAUCAAAAAGCUGGGGGGGUUAUUUUUCGUUUAUGGUUAUGGAGGGACUGGUAAGACGUUUUUGUGGAGAGCAUUGUCCCCCGCUUUAAGGUCUAACAUGGAAAUAGUGUUAAAUGUUGCAUCUAGCGGCAUAGCUUCGCUUUUAUUACCAGGUGGAAGAACUGCACAUUCUCGGUUUGCCAUACCCAUAUCUGUUAAUGAAGAUUCGACUUGCAACAUAAGUCACGGUAGUCCAUUAGCAGAGCUUAUUGUUCAAAACAAGUUGAUAAUAUGGGAUGAAGCUCCAAUGAUGCACAAAUUUUGUUUUGAAGCCCUAGACCGAACUAUGAGGGAUUUGUUGUGCUUCAAAAAUCCAAGUAGUUAUGAAAUGACAUUUGGUGGUAAAACAGUUGUUUUUGGUGGCGAUUUCAGGCAUAUUCUACCAGUCAUUCCGAAGGGUACAAGGCAGGAUAUUGUUCGGGCGAGCAUUAGUUCCUCAUAUCUUUGGAAAUCCUGCAAAGUAUUUAGGCUAACUAAGAAUCUACGCCUAAGAAGUAUACAGUCAGAAAUCGAGGGCAAAGAGAUUGAGGACUUUGCAAAAUGGAUAGCUACUAUAGGUGACGACAAUGUUGGUAAUUCAAGUGAUGAUAGCAUUAACCAAUACAUGAAUGAUCAUAAUCCGGCUGAGGGUAAGACUUACUUGAGUUGUGAUUCUGUUUGUAAGUCAGAUUCAAAUGUUGAUAUGUUAGCAGAUUUGCACACUCCCGAAUUCUUAAAUGGGCUGAGAUGUUCUGGAGUACCAAAUCAUGCUUUGACAUUGAAAGUUGGGUCACCUGUUAUGCUCUUGAGAAAUAUUGAUCACACACUGGGAUUAUGCAACGGUACAAGGUUGAUUGUUACUAGGUUAGCUGAUCACGUGUUGGAAGCCAAGAUCAUGCGGUACAAAUGCAGGGACCAGAGUAUUAAUUCCUAG